CAUUGGAGUUUGCCCCCCCCCCCCAAACUUCCUCUUCUUCUUUCGCAUUAUAUAGAGUUCUUGCAAGCUUCAUGGCCCAGCUUAUAUUUAUUGCUUCUAUUUGUGUUCUUAUUUUAUCACAUUCGUUCAUAUCAGGAUUGCAAGCAACAACUUUCACCAUAGUAAACAAAUGCGACUAUGUUGUAUGGCCUGGAAUUCUCACAAACGCAGGUAUUUCACCUCUUCCCACUACAGGUUUCGCUCUUCAAAGAGGAGAAACGAAAACCAUUGCCGCACCGACAUCAUGGGGUGGUCGUUUCUGGGGCAGAACUCGUUGCUCCCAAGGUUCCGCCGGUAAAUUUUCUUGUUUGACGGGGGAUUGUGGCUCCGGCAAGCUAGAAUGUUCAGGAAAUGGCGCUGCUCCACCUGCCACUUUGGCUGAAUUUACUUUGGAUGGUGCUGGCGGUCUUGACUUUUUUGAUGUUAGUUUGGUGGAUGGUUACAACAUCCCUAUGUUGGUAGUUCCACAGGGUGGUAAAGGGCCGAAUUGUACCUACACCGGCUGCGCAGUGGAUCUUAAUGACUCGUGUCCUUCGGAUCUCAAGGUGAUGAGCACUGACGGCGGAGAUGGCGUCGCUUGCAAGAGUGCUUGCGAUGCCUUCGGCCAGCCUCAGUACUGUUGCAGCGGCGCGUAUGCAACACCUGAUACUUGCAAGCCUUCUUCCUACUCGAAGGUCUUCAAGACGGCUUGCCCACUCGCCUACAGCUAUGCCUACGAUGAUAAAACCAGCACCUUCACAUGUGCCAAUGCUGAUUACACGAUUACUUUUUGCCCUUCGCCUAACACCAGCCAGAAAUCAUCAAAAGGGCAGAACGCGGAAACAACGCCAACGUCGCCUCUUAUAAACAGCACAAUGGUAUACGAAGGAGUCUUUGACGAAAGUGCUGCAUCACCGACCUCGUGCACCUACUUUUGUGUCGGCAUCGCAAUGGUAAUGGCGUUUUGGUUGUGAGGGCAACUCUUCUAACUCAUUCACCAACUAUAUUUAUACGAUGCCAUAUAGAAUGGAAAAUUUACGAAAUACUAGUAUAAUUUAGCCCAUUAAAAUUGGGGCCAUUUGGUUUUAAUGUAGUUAUACAUUGGCUUAGUGUCCAUUGGGUCCCACGAGCAUGUCCAACAGUGACGUGGAUUGCAGUAAGACUGCAAAGCUCUGCCGUCUAUUGAAAUGAAGUUCCCCAGGCAAGUUACCUCUUCAACUUGCAACAAUCUAGUGGACACGUGUGAAGAUCGGUGGCUUUGGGGGUGGAGAGCUUAUUGUGUACGAAAGGUAGACCUUUUUUUUUAGGUUGAUUUUUAUUUAUAUUAAAAGAGGGGAUGGGAUUCUUUUGAUUGUUGAUUUCCCGGAAGGUAUGGAUAAUAUUUAAUAUUAUCAUGUACACUCGACCACUACUACAACUGCAGCAUUUGCUUCCAAGAGAAAUGAAACUAAUCAUUUUUAUUAUCA